AUGGCAGACGAAGGCGUCGCAGACCACUACCAGGUGCUGGAGGAGCUCGGCCGCGGUAGUUUUGGCGUGGUCUACAAGGCCAUUGAGAAGAAGACAGGGGAGACAGUUGCGAUCAAACAUGUAUGGUGGUUUUUUGUCAUUUUCCUCGUCGGUCAAACAUGUCUCGGGCGUUCUGUGGUAUUAAUGUCAUUGUGUUGCGCACAGAUCGAUCUCGAGUCUAGUGACGAUGAUAUCCAUGAAAUUCAGCAAGAAAUAUCCGUGCUCAGCACCUGUGCCAGUGCUCAUGUCACCCAGUACAAGGCCAGCUUUCUCCGUGGACACAAGCUGUGGAUUGUGAUGGAAUAUCUGGGAGGAGGGUCCUGCCUGGAUUUGCUCAAACCGGGCGUGUUUCCAGAAGUCCAUAUUGCCAUCAUUUGCCGAGAACUGCUCCUUGGUCUGGAAUACCUCCACGCAGAGGGCAAGAUUCAUCGUGACAUCAAGGCUGCCAAUGUCUUGCUGUCAGAGACUGGAAAAGUCAAGCUUGCCGACUUUGGUGUUGCCGCCCAGCUGACGCAUAUGAAGUCGCAGCGCAACACCUUCGUCGGCACUCCCUUUUGGAUGGCCCCUGAAGUCAUCCAGCAGAAUGGCUAUGAUUUCAAGGCGGAUAUCUGGUCCUUGGGCAUCACGGCGAUUGAGUUUGCGACUGGCGAGCCACCCCAUGCUCAGACACAUCCCAUGAAAGUUCUCUUCCAGAUCCCUAAGCAGGACCCCCCGAGGCUCGAAGGGAAGUUUAGCAAGGAGUUCAAGGACUUCAUCGCACAAUGUCUCGUCAAAGCACCGCAUCUCCGGCCCACCGCAAAGGAACUGCUUAAGCAUCGGUUCAUCCGUUCAGCCGGCAAAGUGGAAGCUCUCCAGGAGCUCAUAUACCGCAAGCAAGUUGCCGAUGCCAAGACGGAGCGUGUGAAGAUGCCAGUGUACUAUCAAGAGACGCUGCAAACUCUCUCGCCCAAGGAUGGGGCAGACGAGUGGGUGUUUGACACGGUCAAAUCAGUCGUCCCACAACAAAAACGCGGUACGGUCAGGUCUAGAAAACCGUCUGUCGUUCACGGGAUAGAGGACGCCAUGCAUAAGCUCGACGUCAAAGAUGGGCCCCUCCAGCCCACCACCCCAAGUACCGUCCGGAAGUCGACAGUCCGCCGCCAGUCCCUCCGUCAAAGCCAGCAAGCCAACCGCCAGGUUUCCAACGGCUCGCCCCGUGCGUCUGUUGCGGCUAAGCGGCCAUUACAACCAGACAUGUCGUUUGGUAACUCGGGCUCGACUAUGCGUUUAUUCCGGAGGGUACCAUCUGACACAUCGACCAACCCUUCACAUCAUGGCGGUUCCUCCCCCAGUGACUCGUUCAUCUAUGACAACAGCGAGAACAGACCACCAACCUCGUACUCGUACCAAGCCCCGGUAGAACCGCACAGCAAAGAAGCCUUUUUAGGGAGAAGGCUCUACAACAAGGCUCUAGAACCCUGUCUAGACGAACUCCACGCCCAGACAGCAGGCUCAGCAAAAAGGGAGGCACUGGCGAGGUUAUCUGACGCUUUGGCCCAUCUAGAUGCUGUCGACCCUGAGGGGUCCUAUCACCUCCUCCGAAGCAUCAUGUCGACAGUAUCUCAAGACACAAAGCUAAGCAAUGCUUUUGUCCCGCAACUACCCCAACAACAACACCAUCAUCAACAACAACAACAACAACAACAACAGCAGCAGCAGCAGCAGCAGCAAUACCAACAACAGCAACAACAUAAACAAACCCUCAGCGAGGGCACCCCCCAAGGAGGAACAGUCGUCAAAGACCAAAGAACAAAGCCAGCAGCCUUGCAGCCACCACCAGGGUUGUCGAGCUCACCGACGAAGUUGAUGAUUUCACAGGAUAACCCACAUCUCGCGUCUCAUAGGAGGAGGAGGGAGAGUAAUAUUGGUGGGGCGGAGAACGCGCUGGGGAUCGUUAAUGGGGGAAGGGGAGGGGGGUCGCCGGAUAAGGAAGCACGGGAGAGAGAGAGAGAGGCGAAAGAGAAUAGGGAACGGGAUAAGGAGAAGAUGGCGAUGGCGGCGUUGGAGGCAAAGUUUCCGGGGAGGCCGGCGGUGCAGGGGAUGGAGCAUUGUAAGGCGCUGGGUGAUUUGCUUUAUGCUAGGUGGACGGAUGGGUUGAGGUUGAGGUGGGGGGGUGUGGGGGGGCAUUGA